AUGGCGAUUGAAGGAGAAGAUGGGUCAAUAUCCAUUGAUCUUGAAGAGACUGGAUUUGUUCCAAGAGAGGAGGCAGGCGGUUCUAGGGAGGUUUUGAGCACCGAGGUGGGGGCUCCAUGGGCGCCCACUACUCUAGGACAUACUGCCUAUACAGAAGAGGAGGGUGGCGAGGAUGGAGUGAGCAGAGGAGGCACCUCUGCUGGGAGUGCACCACAAGCGAGCGCCUCUGCUGAGCGCGCACCUUUACAGACAGGUAUGGAGGAUGCCAAUUUGAGCAGCGAUGAGCAAAUUAGGAGCGAGGCUGGGUGCGCAAAAACAGGGACUACUAGGCACGCAUGGGGUACUAGCCUAG